AUGGACCGAAGGAAGGCACCGCCUCCAAUCCCGGCCAAGCCGCCCCGGGAGUGGUACAUAGAAGAGGCCCCUCCUUUGCCGCAAAAACCCGACGGUCGUCGCACAUCCAGAGGGUCUGGUCCUCUAGGUCCCCGCCCGGUGCCCCGCCGCGUCCCCCCGCGACGCAAACCGGUUGGCGAGCUGGCCCGUAUUCCGACGACUUCUAGCUAUGCGCCGUCGGUUGUUGACUCUCCUUACAAACCCUAUGAGCCAAAAGAAUCGGGAGUGCCCUACCCUCUGGAUCAGGCCUUUGAACGAAUGCCGUCUCCAGAUCGGAGUGAUCGAAUAGAACGAUCCCCAGACACACCUAGAUCUUCCCAGCUGUCGUUCCCAGACCCAGACUCUUAUUCAAUUUGGACGGACGACGAAGUUUCGAGUCCCACGCGAAUGCCGGCACUCGACAGUUGGAAGUCGGGCCUUUCCUUCAAGGAUUUACCCGAAGAACUUGUGCCUGCUCCAGCUCACACACUCCCUGAUCUACCAGGCCUACAUAUCCAUCAAUCAGGUGCGAUUUCAGUUCCACUUGAUCUGCCCCAGUUGCCCCCUAUGGGCGCUAUUAGACCGCCAUUUGACGUUGAACAGCUGACGGUCGCGGAGCUGGAAAAGUGCACUGCCCCAUGGGCUCUGUCUGGUGUUGCCCAGUGGAUCGACUAUCUUGUGUCUGCAAUCGAUGCUGAGUUCAGUCUUACUAGUGUCACGGCAGCCCUUGCAAAGCUUGUGGUGUUUCGGUGCCCCGCAAUAAACUGGGUGGUGGCCGACGCUCUAGCUCGUCAAGCCAUGGAGUCACUUCGUCAACAAGGCUUUUGCACCGCUGGUCCUGACGACGCGUUACAACUGGAUCACAGUCUACGUCCGACUGGUGUGUUGACUGCGUUGUGCGGAGACGGGUGCUAUUCUCCGAAACCAGGACCCGGCUGCUACGCGCCAAGAUGUAUUCGCGACAAACCAUUAGAGCCCGAAAUUCUGGACGAACUACCUCGCCGAAUGCGGAGCCAAGUAUCCGUCUCCAGAGGCCGGCCGGAUCUCGAAAUGGACUGGGCUGGAUUCUGGGGCAUCAAGCCCGAUGAAGUUGACGCUACCGCUCUCAAGCUACAGUACGCCAUUCACGAACUUAUAAUGACAGAAGUUGCAUAUGUGCGGGACUUGAAUGUAUAUGUUGACGUCUACGGUGAGCUUGAAAACCACCCGUCGGUGAUGGCUGAUCAGGCACUGUUCUGCCGUCAGGUGUUUGCCCGUAUCCGUGAUAUCAUUUCAGUCAACAGCGUGCUUUCGGCUCGUCUUCAAGGCCGCCAACACCAGCAAGGACCCUUUGUGGGAGGGAUCGGUGAUUUGGUCGUACAGUGGGUUCAGGAGGCUGGCGAAGCUUAUAAUGCGUAUGCCUCCGACUACUUGGCCAGUGACGUUUUAUUGCGAAGAGAAACCGCCGCCAGCCCCGCUCUAAGAGAAUGGAUGGCUGAGCGCGGCAGGGAUCCUCGACUUGUUGGCGUACCUCAUUCAUUCUACUUUUCCCGAGUCCUUCCCCGAUUAUUGAGGUACAAAUUGCUGCUGGGAGCAGUUCUCAAGUAUACCCCGGAAUCGUCUACAGAGCACGGAAUCUUAUUAGAAGCUCAGAAAAAAGUAGACGAGCUUUCAGCGCAAUGCGACGCCAAGGUGGCUACCGCUCAACGUGGAAUAGACGUGGACAAUUUGAGAGCACACAUUGUAUUCAAGUCUGCAGAUGUUACAGCAGACCUCAAAUUGGGAGAUCGUCGACGAAAACUGAUUAAACGAGGAGAGCUGCUGAGACGAGGUGGCUUUAAAGUGGACUGGAUCACAUCGCAUGUCUUAUUGUUGGAUAACUUUCUGGUGUUGUCAAAAACCAGGGAGGGCCAAAACGGGAAAGCCUUCUAUGUUACAAAACUGCCCAUACCGAUGGAUCUGCUUGUUUUAGAGUCGGCAGAUCUUGACGGCGAGGUAAAGUUUGGGUCAAAACUAACUUUAACUCGUGGGGUGCCUGUAGCUAAACCCACCUCUGGAACCGAUGGGCAAGUCACUUAUGUUGAGCAGCCCAAAGAUGUACUUUAUCCGCUGCAGAUUACCCAUAUUGGCCGAGCCGGCGGCGAGUACUUUCUCUACGCUAAAACGUCUAUUGAACGGGAGCGAUGGCGUGACGCUAUAGUCGAUGCCAAGCGGGCCCAUUCAUCUUCGGCAUUUGCUCGAAACUCUGAACCCUUCCGAUUAAAGCUUUUGUCAGACCAGUUCCGCUACGUGGAGGGUGACGCACCUAAACUGGCUGUUCCCACGCCCAACACCGUACUUCAUCGUUGCAUUGGCGAUGCUGAUCCUGCGUUUGCAGUCGCCCGAUCACGGGUUAAUUCUGUCGAGGCAGUAGGAAAUGAAUUCCUUGCGGGAUUGGAGUAUGGUGUUUACCGCGGCAGUGGAAACCAUGCAGCUUGGUUUAGAGUUCUCGACCUGAGACACGUUCAGAGUAUCCGAGUAGUGGAAGAAAUGAACCUGUUGCUAGUAUUAGCAGACAAGGCUCUUUUGUGGUACGAUCUGGGAUCUGUGCUUAACGCAAAGCCCGGAGACAAAAAUGUUCCUCUCGGCAGGCGACUGAAUCGCAAAAAACGAGUUUAUCACUUUACCAUUGCAUACCUCAGAGACCGACUGGUGGUGGUUUAUGUUCAACAGGAACUCGCCGCUUCUGUUCUCAAAGUCGUUGAGCCUGUGCGGAGUACAAGUCGCACGAUGAACAACAUUCCUUGCGUCAUGAGUUUCAGAGAAGUUGACCGUGUGCACAUUUCGGGAGACGUGAUCGGCGUAACGCCUUUCCAUUUCUCCAUGAUCGUUCACAACUCAAGCAACGGCUUCCAGUAUCUCAGCUUGGACGUGAAGGUAGCCCAGCGCUUCCCUGCCCAGUCACUGGGUCUUGGCAAACCGUUGGCUAUUUAUCGUAUUUCUGCAAACGCCCUGGUGGCUUGUUACGAGCUGGGAUGUCUUGUGGUGACGCCGACUGGCGAAAUUGCAGCCCACACCCCAAUCACGCCCUUUGUCUGUGUAGCCCAAUCGGUGGCUUACCAGGCCCCAUACCUCGUUGCAGUAUCUCCCGAGCUCGUCGAGGUACGCAAAAUGGAGGCCGGAACAAACAACAAGGCACCACUUGUCCAAGUGAUCACCGGCAAGGAUAUUCGAUUGCUUGGCACCGUCGAGGGCCAAAUUCGACUUGCCCUGGCCCACCCCCGCGUGCCUGGUAUCCAACUUGUUGUGGCAGUUGUCGGCAACGAGUUCGUCGUAAUAGACAGCACUUCGUCCAUCAGCGGACUUUAA